CCUACUUUGCCUUCGCUUUUCCUUGUGCAUGAACAGUUGUAGGAUUAACUUGGCGUAAGGAACGAUCAUAAGGGUAGAUCAGGUUUAAAAUAUCUCUCGCAUUGGUCGAUUUGCCAAACACGACCCAAUGGAAUUGGACAAUGUGGACAUGACCUGUGCUCGGGAUCGUAGCGAGCGCCAAGUUGAACUUGUUGUAAAUUUAUUAUUACUACCUCGUGGUCCUCGAACACGUGAAGUGAGUGUAGUUCAGUUACGUCAGAGAUUUGAAAAUUUAAACGUUUGCUAGGUUUGUUGAUGUGGCGAUUUGUGUUAAUAGUGACGGGUGUGCGGGGGCCAUCAAUCAGCAGAAACAUUUUUCGCCCAUUGUCGCAUCCCGACGUGACGCAUCCUGUCGAAUAAAUCGCCGCCGGGUUUGAUAGAUUAAGGGGCGAUAGUCGCGAUACCAAUAUUGGGUUAUAAAUGUUCGAACGCAUCGGAUUGAUAGAGAUAAAGGAUCGUUUUUCUAUAUAAAAUUUCCGUUCGUCCAAAAGAUAAAUUUGCAUUACGUGGCGUCUAAGCACAGGAAGCUGUGAUAAAAAAAAAAACAAAUUAUAUUUUACGUACGAUUUAACACUACUUGGAGACAAAAAGACACGUAUCAAAUAUUUAGAUAAGUAAAGGAGAAGUACAAGUUAAAAGUUUGAAACAUAUAUCUUGCACACAAAGUUACAUGUUUAAAAACUGAUAUUGGUGGAUUGAGAACAUACAGGCUGUUUAUCUCAUGUAAAUUUUUCUUUCGCAAAGUGCUGGCAUAUAUGCGUAAGACUAACUUGUUGAUUUAAUAUAGUCAUUAAAACGUAUAAGUUAUAACUGGUUUCUACAUUUCUGAAAAUACAUAAAUUAGUAUUUAUAACUUUCAUGACAAAAAAUAGACACUGUAAAUAUAGUGUCUCAUUGAGCUUUAGCUUGUAAUCUUGCAUUGUAAUCUUGUAUUAAAGUCAAACUCUGUAUGAAUAUGAUAGAUUUCUAAAAAAAAAAAUGCAACAUAUCUAACUAAAUAUAAUAUAAACUAACUGAAAUUAAUAGCAAAGCAAAGAAAAAAAGCUUAUAAAAAAAAAGAAAAAAAAACUAUUAAAGAAGUAACACAAAACACUCACCAAAACUAUAUAUGUGAAUUUGAUAAAAUUAUAAAUUAUUGCAAGAUACACUAAGUAAUAUAAAAUAUUUCGUGCCUUACACAUAUUCUCAAUCAACACAAUUACUAAUGAGGGCAACUAAGUGCAAUAUACUACUUUAGUAGAAAUUAAAAAAGAAUUUGCAAGUCUCCAAGAAUCACAUCUUGUACUUGUCUUUUUUUGACUAUGUACCAUACUGUGUUUCCAUCACAAAUGAUGGUGCAACUAACAAGUGGACAACAAACAAAUGGACAGUGUCCAUCAGCGCAAGCACACACAGUACAUAUUAAUGGUGCAUUGCAUCAAGCUGAUUUUGCACAGUAUGGUCCCGAUAUUUCUGGACACGGCAGAUAUCGUAUGAUGCAGACAGGAUCCCACCCAUUAGAUUUAUUACAACUAAUAGGAGUUGAUACGCCAUCAUUACGACAUGUAGAAUAUAUGCAAUUUAAUAGCAAUUCCUCUUCUGCACAUUGGAAAAGAGGAAUAGGCGCAUCCAGUGGUGCCGCAAUUAUACCAUCAUCAAACUAUAAUUUCAAGCCGACAAAUAUGAAUUCAGCAAAGAAUAAACAAGGCUGGAACAACAGAAAUGGUAGAAGAAGUUCAUAUAGAAAUUCUUUCUCCAAGUAUGAGACUUACAAUAGUGACAGCAGUGGAUUUAGUUCGCGUUCGUCAACACCAAGCAAACAUCAAAUUGACAAUAGUUUAACAGAGAGUUCAGACGAGCGGGACUCCACAAGUUCAUUAAGAGGACAGGGCAUGAAGAAACAUUACAAAAUGCAUUCAGACAACAGAGCAAUCAAUAAAUCCACAAAUGGUUUAAUCUCCACAAAUACUUCAGCACAACAAUUUUAUCACAGUCAACAACGGUCUGUAAAUUAUUAUCACACUGCCAUUUCUAAUUCUAGAUCUCAUUUUCAAAAUUAUCAAAAUAGAAAAAAGUAUUUACCAGGUAGAAAUGAAAAUACACCUCAAAGGCCACCAAGAAAUCGUAAAUUUACUGAACUUUUAACGCCGAAUUACAAUGUAAUGCCUAGAACGCCUUGCAUAGCUCCUGACAGAUUUCUUGCCAGAUCUCAUUUGGUAGAAGUGACUACUACACCUAACAACCUCGUUACAGGAUCGAUAUGGGACAGUCUGUCGCAACAAGUUUGGAAGAAAUUUAUAUCAUGUCAACAAACAGAAAAGACUUAUAGAACUAAAAUGAUGCUAUGGAAGCAGCUUUAUAUUUAUAUUAGGAGUUCGUAUCCAAAAUAUGGUUUAUUCUUGGUUGGCUCAACAAUGAGUGGAUUUGGUUCGGAUAAUAGCGAUGUCGACAUGUGUCUUUUAGUGAGACAUACAGAAGAAAUGGAUCAGAAGACCGAAGCUAUAGAACAUUUAGAACAAGUAUUAAAACAUCUAAAAAACUGUGAAUUUAUUCACCAAAUAGAGCUUAUACACGCAAAGGUGCCUAUUAUAAGAUUUUACGAUAUAUGGCAAUGCUUACAAAUUGACUUAAAUUGUAAUAAUGCUGUCGGUAUUAGAAAUACUCAACUAUUAUAUUGUUAUUCAAAACUUGAUUGGAGAGUAAGGCCAUUAGUAAUUGUCAUAAAAUUGUGGGCUCAAUGUCAAGAUAUCAAUAAUGCAAAAAAAAUGACGAUAUCCAGUUACUCUCUGGUGCUUAUGGUGAUACAUUUUUUGCAAUGUGGUGUCAACCCUCCAGUUCUGCCAUGCUUGCAAUCGAUAUUUGUCAGCAAAUUUAGCUCGCAAACGGACAUCCAUAGUAUCGACAUUCACGAGGAUUUAAAUAUCCCAUUCUCCAUUCGUUUACCUGAGAAUCGUCAAUCUCUCGGAGAAUUGAUUUUAGAAUUUUUCAAUUACUACGUCAAAUUUGAUUACAGCAAAUAUGCGAUAUCUGUUCGUUUGGCGAGCAAAAUACCAAUAGAGGAAUGUCGUAUGGCGCAGUCUCUCAAAAAUGAUCCCCAUCAGUGGAAAAAUCUAUGUAUUGAAGAACCAUUCGAUCUGACUAAUACGGCAAGAUCAGUCUACGACUCGGAUAUAUUCGAAAAAAUUAAGAAAGUAUUUUGCGUCACGUAUCAAAGACUGAAAAAAUCGCGAGAUUUGAACUGUAUAUUUAUCCAGCUAAUGUAAUAUUUAAAGGCGUGCUGUUUUGAUGAACAAGUUGUUCAAACGGAAUCGAAGGCGUUGUGUUAAACGGUUAAUGGCUUCCUGAUCUGAUGAUCUGAAAUAAAGAUGCAAAGUGGAAGAAAAACUGCUGACAUCGUGUUAUACGAUUAUGUAUCUUGUGAUAUCAAACUAUAUUUUCGAGCAACUUUGCAAGGUACUCAAGACAGAACUUCACACACACACACACACACGCGCGGGCGCGCGCACAGCCUCGUUAAAUUUUGUACGUUCUCUUUCCGGAAGUUGCAACGAUUAUUAUAUAACAUCUUGUUUGUAUAUAAAUAUAUAUGUGUGUGUGUGUGUGUGUGUAAAAAAAUCAUUGUGUUCGCUCUAACGUGCAAACAUUUUGAUAUGAAACACCCAAUGCACGAAUAUCGUUCCUAACGUAAGACAUUAGAAUUGCGAAACGUGCAAUAAAAUCUAUAAGGUGUGUUACAGCUUAUAGAUUUUAUCAUCUCUUGUUUGAAUCUUUCUAAAUCUUCAAAAAAGUAACUCUGUGCGUUAAUAAUCCACACAUCAAUUUCUCUAAAAAAGAUUUGAUAUUUUUAUAUAUAUAUGCAUACACAUGUAUGGUAACGCCAUAAAAUUUAUUAUUGUAACGUUUGUCAUGCCAACAUUAUUCAACAUAAGUUUUUCACAAGUCUAUGCUCGUCACGAUUAUGUAUAAGUCUUCCAUAUAAGUUAGCAAAUAUAAAAUCAUACGAAGUACCUUGCUCUUUGAUAUUGGUAACGUAAUCGCAGAGCACAGAGUGAUAUAAAAAUAAUUAAACAUGUAUAUAUAUAUAUUUUUUUUGGCGUUAAAACUAUAUUAUCAGACACUGCACAAACAAUGCAUAAAUAUCAACGCACAAAUAUAAAUUUUCAAUAAAAAAAAGUGUUUAAACUUAUAAUUUGCCACGAAACAAAUGUGUCUGAUAGAAAAAUACCAUCCUAUAGAAUUGUAUACGUAAACACAAAAAACAAAAAAAAAACAGGAAGCAGUACUUAUUUUUUGUACAAUUGUUAUUCCUUACAA